GGUUUAUUUCUCAGUGUUUUAAUUUUUUUUUGAAUAUAUAAGACAGUAGCUCUUUAUCUGUUUUCUCACGUCUAAUUCAGGUUUUGUACGAAAUCAACUGACAUUUCCACUUUGAAAACCUUUAAAAAAUAAUAAUAAUAAUACCCGACUGCGUGAGCAACAUUUUUAAGUGCUAUGUGAACAGAAUAAGUAGUAAAAACAACAACGAAAACAACAACCUAAACACGUGGGGGUAAAAUAACAGUCGGAUGAAAAUAUAUUGACAUAGACGCGCAGCAACGGGUCCACCGCCGUAAGUCACUCCGUUCGGACAUGGACGUGGAUAAAUCACAGCGCCGCUCCCCGAGCGUCGGGCAGGACACCUGCUGUCUUGCACAGAGCAGCGCGCAGCUCGGCACCGGACCGCACCGCCGCAAAGUGUCCGGGGCCAAGUUCGACCACGGAGGAGUGGGAACGGGAAAUCUGUCAAGGAUUUCAACCUUCACCGCAUCUUGGGGGGAAAAAAGAAAAAAAAAUGUCUCGGAGAGGCGUUGUUGAGCAGCCGUGACUGAGCGUUCUUUGCUGAUCCGUGCCUGCCCUUCUGUCAGGACACAUCCGAGGAGGCAUCUUGGCUCCUGCAGCCUUUUCCCCCGCGGGGCUGAGCUCUUUGGCUCGCUCGCCACUUCCUCAGCACAGGGGCUGCUGGCAGGGGCAACAUCUGAGCAGGCCAUGAAGCCUCAAGAGGCAGAGCUUGUCACUGAAAUCUCCAAGCUGCAAUGCAUGGUCUCGGAGCUGAAGACGGGCUUCACCGGCGCCCUGCUGGAGCUCAGUCAGAUCCAGCACGGGGACACGUUCCUGCGGGAGGAGAUGGAGGAGAACAGGAGGAGCUGCCAGAAGAAAGCGCUCCGUCUGGAGGCUCUGGUCGAGUCGCUGAGGGAAGAACUCGGUGUGAUGCGGUGUCAGGUCUUGCAGCUGUACAGUGACGGACAGAGACCUCAGCAGGGCGGAAAGAGCUCCACAUCGAAACAGAGAGAAGGCAGCGACGCAGCCGAGGCGGCCGGCGGACGGGGCCAGCGCGCGUCUGCUCCACCCGCCUGUCCGUCCAGAGGAAAACUGCUCCUCCACUGUUUCCUGCAGGGACUCAAAGCGGGACUGAGUGAAGGCACAGAUGCACGACAUCAGGUGGCGAUGCAACUUUUGCAUUCGGAGUGGGAGUAUGUUUCGACCUUAAACCAGCUCUAUGAAAAAUACAAGACGCCACCUGCUCACCAGAUGACGGUGGAGCCACAUCAGACAUAUCUGAAGUUUGUGGAGCAGCUGUUGCAGCGACACCUGCUCUUCAGAAACACCCUGCAGGAGCGACUCUCCGCCGAACACUGGAAAUCUCUGGUUGGAGACAUCCUGGUGCAGCUAAUCGGCCAAAAUGACGCAGCUUUUUCAGAUACGUACCUUGGAUACACGGCCACCCUGGCGUCCUUCCUCUCACUGGAGUUCAGCAGACUGAAUCGUCCUGAGAGAGGCCACAAAAUGCAGGGCGGCCAGAUGGAGAGGGAGGAAGUGAAACUGCUCUCCCUGCUGUUGGCACCCGUGUCUCGCAUACACGGCUACCUGAGUCACAUUCAGAGCUUGUUGCAGUGGACGGGCAAAGAGCAUCCCGACUGCAGCCUCCUCCUGGGCACUGAGCGAGCGCUGAGGAGCCUUUUGUCCCGCUGCCAUGUGAUUCUGGAGGAAGACGUCCGCUGGGAGGAAGGAGAAGGGGCUGGACCGAGCAGCUGCCCUGAUGCUGUGGCCGGUGGAUCCUCUGCAAGCUGUUGCACAAGGAGCCAACAGGCCAGAGAGUCUCAGAGGGGCUGGAAGGAGUCAAACUCCGCUGCUCACAGAGACGACCAGCAGGCUGUUAACCUCACAAACGGGGUGGACGGCCACCACUCGAUGCGCCUGGAGUGCUGGUCCUGCAGCCCGGUGAGGAGGAAGGGCUGUGGAAGAGACCAGACUGCUCUGACCCAGCCGGCCCUCGGCUGCGGACACGCCUACUGCUCCCUCCUCACCCCGGACGCUGCAGGAUGGGGAGAAAACAGCGACUCGGGCCAGGGGACCUUCAGCCAGCCCACGGGCCAAGGCACCAGCGAGCCGGAGGCACCUCCUGGGAACCGCAGCCUUGAGGACUGCGAGACUGACCCCGACGACACCUCGGCCUUCGACUACUCCUCUGUCACCUCCUGCAGCCCCGAUGGCACCCUGCGCAGGGAGAUGACGGGCAGCAACAGCGGGGAUGAUGAAGAGGAGGACAGCCAGGUGCCGGUGCUGUUAAAGCCCUCGUACAGCCAGCAGCAGCAGCAGCAGCAGCCGCCCAGGGAGAGGACUGUGUGUUUGAGGUGGCAGAUCCCCAGAUUAACCCCUCAUCCUCCUCUGAGAAACAAAGCCGGGUCGUGUGUGGACGGGCCGACGCCGUGUCUCGUCAGCUCCUACGGGAAGAGGUUGGUCAGCGUCAGGAAAGGGUCGCCGCCUCUACAUCCAAAAAGUGCCUUCAGGCCCAUCUGGGAUGACCCGUCCAAACAGGUUGAUUCCGCUCCAGAGAAAGACAGCAGACCAGGCUUCGUACCGAUCCAAGCUCCAGCGAGGCCGAGCUUCCAGAACUUCAACCCGAGCAGAGAAAAUCUGAGACCAGGCCCGGCUCAGCAGCGAGGUAGCGGUGCAGCAGCGACGAGCGGCGGAGGACUGUGGGACGACAGUGAGGACAGCGAGGGACCCUGCAGCACUGUUUGACCCCCGCCGCCCUCCUCGUGGACAAGAGGACUGUCGCGAAAAACUGUUGCACAAAGAACUUUGAAGUUACAACCAAACCUGAGCUGAGAAGUUGUGACUUCUGUGGUUGAGGAGUUUGUUUGUUUUUGGGUUUUUUUUCCCCCAAAAGGCCGUGACGGCAACAAAAGUGCAUGAAUGACAACUCGGUGAAACAAAAGCCUGAAAACGGGGAUUUUUCUUGAUUUUCUGUUAAAGCUAAAACUUGCUUUAACACAGCACAAGUCUUUGUUUGGCUGUUUGGUCCUUCAGGAUUACUUGUAUGACAUUGGCAU